AUGGUUAAGAGGCUGUUGUUAUUCAUAUUAUUAUCACUGAUAACUGCGAUUAAAUCCAGCCAUUUUAAUGGUGGUACGAUAACAUGGAAACCAGUAAAUAAUACUGAUCUAACUACACCAAUUCAAGUAUCAAUAACACAAAAUUAUGUAUGGGUAUUAACUGGAUCAUCUGGUAUUCCUUGUCCAGGUGUUGGUUCACUUGUUGUACUUGGUACAAGAACUGGUUGUUGUAACGCAACAUUAGAUUGUAUAUCAAAUUGCGGCACGACAUCCGCUGGUUAUGUUGCUCCACUUAUUGUUCCGUAUUGCACAAGUGUUAGUACAACAUUAAGUUUAACAUAUUCACAACGUACAGAUAUCGUUAAUUUAAAUUCAAAUGAUCAUUUUACCGCUGCAUUUGUUGCAAAUAGUGGAUCAUAUCGUGCACUUUAUGGUAGUGGUACAAGAUUAUGGGCAGUUGCAACAGACAUUGAUCUACGGCCAAGAACGGAUAAUGGUUUAAUAAAUACACCACCAAUUUCUCUUGUUUUCAUUCCAACAUCGAUACCAUUAGGUAAAACAACAAAAAUUCAAGUACCAUAUGUCGAUCCAGAUGGAGAUUAUGUUGCAUGUCGCUGGAGUACUGGAACAGAAUGUAAGGAUGUUUGUUAUCCAACAAAUAUACCAGCAAAUACAACAGUAUCAAAUACAGAUGGAUGUUUUAUAACAAUAACGCCUCUGUCAGUCAGUGACUGGUACUGUGCUCCAUUACAAGUCGAAGAUUUUUACACAAGUACAAGUUCAUCAUCACUCAGUUCCGUACCCGUACAAUUUUUAAUUAAUGUUUAUACUAUGCCAACUUAUACAGUUCCAGUAAUGAAUAGUACUGAUUCGGCUUGUAUUGGAGUACAAGUUGGUGUACAAUGGUCAACAACUUUAGAUGUCUAUCAGGCUGGUGGUACAUUGACAUCAAGAAGUAUAAGUACGAUUGAUGUUCAACAAACUUUUACACCUGGUGUAACAGAAGGAUCAAUUAUUCAGGCAACAACAGAUCACUCACUAUAUACAGAAAGUCUUUCUUGGACACCACAGCAAGCUGAUGUUGGACCACAAAUUGUAUGCGCUGUUGCCAGAGAUAGUUCAAAUAUACCAUCAAAUACGUAUUGUCUCAGCUUUGUUGUUGCAAGUGAUAGUGUUGGUAGCUGUCCAGGUCAACCCACAACCGUAACAACGACAACCACCACUAGCACCACAACAACAACGACAGCUACAACAACAACGUGA